CCGCUGGGCCGCAUCGCCACGGCUCCUCCUGCGGGGUCAGGUGGGAGGAAGCGGCCUGGAAGCCGCGGCCAGUGGACCUGCAGACGCAGUGCCUGCUCAGGACGGGUCACCAGGCCUUUUGAGGUCCGAGGAGAGGUGCCGCCCCGCAGGGACCCGCACUCCUGGGAGGAUGGUGCGGAUCUUGGCCAAUGGGGAAAUCGUGCAGGAUGACGACCCCCGCGUGAGGACCACUGCCCCCCCACGCAACAGCACCCCUCGACAGAGCUUCCUCAACAGGGGCCAUGGCGCCCCCCUGGGGGGUCCCGGCCUCCGGCAGCAGCAGGGGGGAGCCAGGCUGGGCGCUGCUCAGUCCCCCUUCAAUGACCUCAACCGGCAGCUGGUGAACAUGGGCUUCCCCCAGUGGCAUCUCGGCAACCACGCCGUGGAGCCGGUGACCUCCAUCCUGCUGCUCUUCCUGCUCAUGAUGCUCGGCGUGCGCGGCCUCCUGCUGGUGGGCCUCGUCUACCUGGUGUCCCACCUAAGCCAGCGGUGACCUCCGCUGGGGGCAGGCGUGGGGAGAGGGAGUUCCAGGCCUCGGUGUGGGAACAGGCACAUGAGGAGGGGAACCUGGUGGUGCCUUGAAGGUGUGCUCAGAGAAUGCUGUUUCCACGCGGUGUUAGCAUGAUGCCGAGGGAACCUCUAGUCCAGCAGCCCCAGCGUAUCGGUGGGUACCCUCACUCCCCUGCGAUGUUUGUCGGUAGUACCGGGCCUGCAUUAAGCACAAAGAGCAAGAACAGGAUGCCCUUCCCAUUGUCUUGCAAUCCUCUUAUGCCAAGGAGACGGCCCCAGCUGGUGCCAACAUGUUCUCAUGCCUCUGGACCCCGUGCUGACUUCCCCUGUAAGUUGGGAACAGGCCGGGGGCUUAGGGCAGGUGGGAAAAGUUUCCCAACUUUUAUAACCCUGCUUUUGUUGGCUACCUGUGUAUGACAGGUGGUACCGGCAUUCUAUUUAUUGUGGUGGCGUUUUCAAUAAAUAAAUUUAGUAAACAUG